AUGGCGUCGCCUUGUGACGUGUCGGACGCGGAUUGGGUGAUCAACCUCUGGUCGGGACCGCGGUCGCUCAGCACAAGCCUCAUGUACUCCUUCGCUCAGGCACGGCUGAUCCGCCCAGACACGGUUGUGGUGGACGAGCCUCUCUAUGCCGACUUCCUGACAGUCACCGGUGCUCCCCGGCCAUACAGGCAGCUGGUGCUGGAUAGCAUGGAUUCUAACGGCAAGAGGGUGGUUGACGAAGUGGUGUACGGCCCUCAAAGAUCCAAACCUCUUCGUUUUGUUAAGCACAUGGCAAAGCAGUGCCGAGAGGAGCUUCAGGCUUCGCUACUGUCACGCGGGCGGCAUGUCAUUCUCAUCCGCGAUCCUAUGCUGCUCAUUCCCUCUUUCGGAGAGGUCUCCCCCCCUUCUCUCUCUGAGACGGCUCUCCCCCACCUCCUCGCCAUCCACUCUGCGCUCUCUCACAUGGACCGACCCCCACCCGUGGUGGACGCUACACGAUUGCAGUCCAACCCCCAGGGCGUUCUCAGGGCGCUCUGCCAAGCGCUAGACAUCCCCUUCUAUCCGGAAAUGCUCUCCUGGCCUGCAGGGAAACGCCCAGAGGACAGGGUGUGGGCGCCUUGGUGGUAUACCACCACUCAUGCCACCGUCACACUACUUGGUGGCAGAGCAAUGCACUUCCCUCUCUCUCUGUGCUGCCUUCCUCAGCUGGCCUGCAGGCAAGCGCCCAGAGGAUGGGGUGUGGGCGCCUUGGUGGUAUACCACCACUCAUGCCACCGUCACACUACUUGGUGGCAGAGCAAUGCACUUCCCUCUCUCUCUGUGCUGCCUUCCUCAGCUGGCCUGCAGGCAAGCGCCCAGAGGAUGGGGUGUGGGCGCCUUGGUGGUAUACCACCACUCAUGCCACCGUCACACUACUUGGUGGCAGAGCAAUGCACUUCCCUCUCUCUCUGUGCUGCCUUCCUCAGCUGGCCUGCAGGCAAGCGCCCAGAGGAUGGGGUGUGGGCGCCUUGGUGGUAUACCACCACUCAUGCCACCGUCACACUACUUGGUGGCAGAGCAAUGCACUUCCCUCUCUCUCUGUGCUGCCUUCCUCAGCUGGCCUGCAGGCAAGCGCCCAGAGGAUGGGGUGUGGGCGCCUUGGUGGUAUACCACCACUCAUGCCACCGUCACACUACUUGGUGGCAGAGCAAUGCACUUCCCUCUCUCUCUGUGCUGCCUUCCUCAGCUGGCCUGCAGGCAAGCGCCCAGAGGAUGGGGUGUGGGCGCCUUGGUGGUAUACCACCACUCAUGCCACCGUCACACUACUUGGUGGCAGAGCAAUGCACUUCCCUCUCUCUCUGUGCUGCCUUCCUCAGCUGGCCUGCAGGCAAGCGCCCAGAGGAUGGGGUGUGGGCGCCUUGGUGGUAUACCACCACUCAUGCCACCGUCACACUACUUGGUGGCAGAGCAAUGCACUUCCCUCUCUCUCUGUGCUGCCUUCCUCAGCUGGCCUGCAGGCAAGCGCCCAGAGGAUGGGGUGUGGGCGCCUUGGUGGUAUACCACCACUCAUGCCACCGUCACACUACUUGGUGGCAGAGCAAUGCACUUCCCUCUCUCUCUGUGCUGCCUUCCUCAGCUGGCCUGCAGGCAAGCGCCCAGAGGAUGGGGUGUGGGCGCCUUGGUGGUAUACCACCACUCAUGCCACCGUCACACUACUUGGUGGCAGAGCAAUGCACUUCCCUCUCUCUCUGUGCUGCCUUCCUCAGCUGGCCUGCAGGCAAGCGCCCAGAGGAUGGGGUGUGGGCGCCUUGGUGGUAUACCACCACUCAUGCCACCGUCACACUACUUGGUGGCAGAGCAAUGCACUUCCCUCUCUCUCUGUGCUGCCUUCCUCAGCUGGCCUGCAGGCAAGCGCCCAGAGGAUGGGGUGUGGGCGCCUUGGUGGUAUACCACCACUCAUGCCACCGUCACACUACUUGGUGGCAGAGCAAUGCACUUCCCUCUCUCUCUGUGCUGCCUUCCUCAGCUGGCCUGCAGGCAAGCGCCCAGAGGAUGGGGUGUGGGCGCCUUGGUGGUAUACCACCACUCAUGCCACCGUCACACUACUUGGUGGCAGAGCAAUGCACUUCCCUCUCUCUCUGUGCUGCCUUCCUCAGCUGGCCUGCAGGCAAGCGCCCAGAGGAUGGGGUGUGGGCGCCUUGGUGGUAUACCACCACUCAUGCCACCGUCACACUACUUGGUGGCAGAGCAAUGCACUUCCCUCUCUCUCUGUGCUGCCUUCCUCAGCUGGCCUGCAGGCAAGCGCCCAGAGGAUGGGGUGUGGGCGCCUUGGUGGUAUACCACCACUCAUGCCACCGUCACACUACUUGGUGGCAGAGCAAUGCACUUCCCUCUCUCUCUGUGCUGCCUUCCUCAGCUGGCCUGCAGGCAAGCGCCCAGAGGAUGGGGUGUGGGCGCCUUGGUGGUAUACCACCACUCAUGCCACCGUCACACUACUUGGUGGCAGAGCAAUGCACUUCCCUCUCUCUCUGUGCUGCCUUCCUCAGCUGGCCUGCAGGCAAGCGCCCAGAGGAUGGGGUGUGGGCGCCUUGCUGGCCUGCAGGGAAACGGCCAGAGGACGGAGUGUGGGCUCCAUGGUGGUAUACCACCACACACGCCUCCACUGGUUUCGCUCCCCCUGCUCUCUACCCUAAGCCUAAGAUGCCCACACCACACUGCACCCACUCAUACCAUUCUGUUCCCACUUCCGUUUGUGUUCCCGCUCUCUGUCCUCUCCCUACCCCCUCCUCUCAGCCCUUCCCAAUGGCCCACUAUUCUCUCCUGGAGGACUGUCGGCCGUUCUACUCCUUGCUCCUCUCCAAAGCCCUCGUACCGCUCACCACCACUGCCAACUCCUCCACCACCACUCCCACCACCAUCUCCUCCUCUAUCUCCGCCUCACCCCUCCCCUCGCCGCCUCUCCCUGUGCCGGCUAACGAGAAGCUGCUGGUGUGGGUGGGGGAGGAGGGGCUGGUAACCAGACGAGACGCCAAGCAGCUGCUGGUGUGGGUGGGGGAGGAGGGGCUGGUGCCGAGGCGGGACGCCAAGGUAGAUUCCUUGCAUCGCCUCUCCCCUCGCCGCCUCUCCCUGUGCCGGCCAACAAGAGGCUGCUGGUGUGGGUGGGUGGGGGAGGAGGGGCUGGUAGACGUCAAGAUUCACGUGCUGGACUCUGCAGUGCAGGGGGGAGACGCCGUGUGGGAGGGGCUGAGGGUGUAUGAUGGUCGCAUAUUCAAGCUGCAAGAGCACCUCGACCGUCUCUUUGACUCUUCCAAGGCUAUGGCAUUUGCAAACGUGCCAACGCGGGAACAUGUGGUGCAUGCGCUGGUAUCUACCCUUGCUGCGAACGGCAUGAGGGACUACGCCCAUGUUCGACUCACACUUACUCGUGGGAAGAAGGUUACAUCAGGAAUGAGCCCUCAGUUCAAUCUUUAUGGCUGCACUUUGAUUGUACUAGCGGAGUGGAAGCCCCCAGUGUAUGACAACGCACGGGGCAUAAAGCUUGUCACUGCCUCGACUCGAAGAAACUCACCACAAUGUGUGGAUUCGCACAUCCAUCACAACAACCUCAUCAAUAACAUCCUCGCUAAGAUCGAGGGGAACAACGCAGGGGCCGAUGAUGCAGUGAUGCUGGACGUGCAUGGAUACGUCAGUGAAACCAACGCGACCAACAUUUUCAUGGUGAAGAGGGGGCGCAUUUUAACUCCUCAUGCCGACAGCUGCCUACCAGGGAUCACCCGUGCCACGGUAAUUGAGCUGGCGAGGCAGGAAGGCAUUCCAAUUCAAGAGUGCAACAUCACCACGGCCCAGUUGCACGCUGCUGACGAG